AGCAAUCCUCCUCAUCCAGCCAUAUUCAGAAAAUAUGAAUUGUAUCAAGAAAUUUCACUUUUUGCCAUUUUUCUCUGUCCUAUUCCUUGGUCACUUUGUGUCAUGUCAACUUGACUAUAGGUUCUAUGACAGUACCUGUGCUAGCCUGACGAAAAUAGUCCGGUAUGGUGUUUGGUCGGCAAUCGCAAAUGAGACUAGGAUGGCAGCUUCUAUCUUACGGCUUCACUUCCACGACUGUCUCGUAGAUGGAUGUGAAGGAUCGGUGAUGCUCGAUGAUACAAGCAGCAUGAAAGGCGAGAAAAAUGCAUUCCCCAAUCGAAACUCAGUAAGAGGUUUUGAGGUCAUAGAUGCCAUCAAAGCCAGUGUCGAGAAGUCCUGCCCGGGCACUGUCUCCUGUGCUGAUAUACUCACGCUAGCAGCCCGAGAGGCUGUGUAUCUGGCAGGUGGCCCAUUUUACAUGGUACCAUUAGGUCGUCGAGAUGGUCUCAGUGCUAAGGAAAGUUCAGCGAAUGAGCAGCUUCCAUCACCUCUUGAGCCCUUGGAGAAUAUUACAGCGAAGUUUACCUCAAAGGGUCUUGACUUGAAGGAUGUUGUCGUCCUCUCAGGUGCACAUACCAUUGGUUUUGCCCAGUGCUUCACUUUCAAGUCUAGGCUCUUUGACUUCGGCGGCUCGGGGAAGCCUGACCCAGCACUAGACACCUCACUCCUGCAAAACCUUCAAAGUGUGUGCCCGAACCAGGUUGAUUCUGACACCAAUUUGGCUCCUCUGGACCCGCUGACAAUUAACAAGUUUGACAACAGCUACUACAUGAACCUCGUCAACAGCUCUGGCCUUCUCCAGUCAGACCAAGCCCUCAUGGGCAACGACAAGACUGCAUCCAUGGUCAUGAAUUAUAGCAAGUAUCCCUUCCUUUUUGCGAAGGAUUUCGGAGCAUCCAUGGUCAAAAUGGCUGGGCUAGGAGUGCUUACGGGACAAAACGGACAAAUAAGGAAGACAUGCAGGGCAGUGAAUUAAGAAGAUAAGGAAACCUUAAAAAAUUUGUGCUCUUUGGAAAUGGAAUGUCCAUAGUAAUGAAAACGAACUUAAGGAGGGAAAAAGAUCUCCAGGUUCUAUCUAAGAUGCUUCACCAAUGUAUGGAUGUAAAAAUAAUAUGCACAACUUAUGUAAUAAACUUUACAGUAGCUGUUCUCUUCUCUUA